AGCGCGCCCCCAAAAAACGUAAACAAAAGUGACAUCUUCAAAGCUGGUCGAGGAUCCCGCAUCGAAAUCUGUUGCGAGAACGAAAUCGCGAAAUUCAGGUAUUUCAUAGUUCGUUACAAGUGUAGCUGACUCGCCAAAAAGGAUACAAGAUGCAGCUGAAUUCGUUAAUUAAGCUGUUCAACGUCCCACGGCUGCUGUUGUCCUCCAGACAAAGUAACCUACCGUUGGCUACCGUUGCAACGCAAUCUUGCGGAUUCCACAGCACAGUCCCACUCGAGAAUGCCGCUGGCAAGGCUUCGGCGCCGCAAAAACCGAAGCGUCCCGUGAAUGCUUACAUAAGAUACGCGCAGAGCAUUCGGGCGGAUCUGGCCAAAGCCAACCCCAGUGCAUCCCAGAUGGACCUCGCGAAGCUCACGUCCGUCAAGUGGCAGACACUGGAUCCGCCAAGCAAAGCGCGGCUCGAGGAGGAGUACAAACGGGAGCUGGCCGUUUGGCUGCAGCAGAAUGCCAAAUACCUGAGCCAGCUCACCGAGGCCCAAAAGGAAGAGCUGAAGCAGGACAGGCAGCAGAAGGCCGAUGAUAAGGCGAAGCGUGAUCUCAAGCGCACCUUGAAGCAACUCGGACGUCCAAAGCGUCCGAUCAAUGGGUUCCUACGAUUCUGCGCGCAGUACAAACCGAAACCGGGUGUCACGCAGGGCGAACACAAGGAACAGAUGAAGGCACUCGGUGAGAAGUGGCGCGCUAUGUCGGAAAGCGAGAAGGAACGCUUCAAUCGAGAAGCAGAGCAGGCCAUCACGCAGUACCAGGAAGAAAUGAAGCAGUGGGAAGAUAAGAUGCUCGCGAUGGAUAACGGGGAUUUGGUUCGACGAAAGAAUGCUCUGCUCAGUCCAGCAGCGGCCGCCCCGGGUGGGAAGACGCGCCUUGGGAAGAAGGAGCAGACAGGAGCAGCGAGCGGUCGUCCCGCGGCCGGUGGUGCUCGUGCAUAGGAACUCGGGUGUCCCCAUCAAGUGGAGGUGGUCAAUAGUGCUACGGUGCGUAGCGAACCAAAGCAAAACCUAUCGAUGGCGCCAACACCCCACGAUAGGGACACGAGUGACGUACGAUCGGUGCAGAGCGCGGUAGUUCCGUCUGCCACCGAGCAAGUGGUGCCAUCAGUUACAGUAUCUCAGCCAGAACCAUCACCAGCAGAGCGUGUGAAGAAGCAGCAGGAAGAGGUGUGCUGGCUACUGUUCGUGCGUGGCUUACUGCAGCCCGACUGGGAGCAGUUUUUCGAAGAGAUAAAAUGGUAAUAAGUAACUUAUAAAGAGCAAAACAAGAAAUGGAACUUUAGAAGAUACAAUCGAGAG